GAUUACAGCGAAGUUCUCCCGGACUCAUUUCCAUCUGCCCCGGCCGAACCAUUGCCGGAGUUCCAGAGUGAGCCAGAGGAUGCCUUCAUAGUAAAAAACAGGCCUGUCAAACUUUCCUGCAAGGCUGCCCCAGCCACACAGAUAUACUUCAAAUGCAACGGAGAAUGGGUGAACCAGAAUGACCAUGUGACCAAGGAGAGUCUGGACCCUAUCACAGGUCUAGUAGUGAGAGAAGUAGAUAUCUCUGUCUCCCGGACGCAGGUCGAGGAGUUGUUUGGACUGGAGGACUAUUGGUGUCAGUGUGUUGCCUGGAGCUCGGCAGGCACCACAAAGAGCCGACGGGCUUAUGUCCGCAUCGCCUACUUAAGGAAGAACUUUGAACAGGAGCCACUUGGCAGGGAAGUGAGUCUGGAGCAGGAAGUCUUGUUGCAGUGUCGUCCACCAGAGGGCAUGCCGCCUGCUGAGGUGGACUGGCUGAAGAACGAAGAGCUCAUUGACCCAGCGCUGGAUUCUAACUUUCUAAUUACCAUCGAUCAUGACCUAAUCAUCAAGCAGGCUCGGCUCUCUGACACGGCUAACUACACCUGUGUGGCUCGCAAUGUGGUCGCUAGGCGACGCAGCAGCACUGCCACACUCAUCGUCUACGUGAGUGGGGGCUGGUCAUCCUGGACAGAGUGGUCAGAGUGCAAUGCUCAAUGUGGGCGGGGUUGGCAGCGGAGGACACGCAGUUGCACUAAUCCAGCACCGCUCAAUGGAGGAGCCUUCUGUGAUGGCCCACCAUUCCAGAGAGUCAGCUGCACCACCCUCUGUCCAGUGGACGGUGGCUGGACGGAAUGGGCCAAGUGGUCAGCGUGUGGGACAGAGUGCACACACUGGCGAAGCCGUGAAUGUCAGGCGCCCCCACCACGUAACGGAGGACGCCACUGCAGCGGCAGCAUGAUGGAGAGCAAGAACUGCACGGAGGGACUGUGUGCCCGCAAUAAAAAGGUUUCUAUUGAACAGGCAAACCAUCCUCUGGGCUCCGGCGCUGGUGUAGCGGUGUAUGCGGGUCUGGUGGGAGCAUUACUGCUGUGUGUGAUCCUCGUGCUGUGUGUGGGCAUCCUGGUGUAUCGCUGGAGCUGCCGCCAUCUUCACGGUGAAAUCACAGAUUCAUCCUCAGCCCUUACUGCUGCCUUCCACCCACGCAACUACAAACCGCCACGACAGGAUAAUCCACACCUACUGCAUCCGACAGCCCCUCCUGACCUCACAGCCAGUGCCGGAACCUUACGUGGACCGAUUUUCUCACUGAAGCAGGCCACCCUAGACUCUCAGCACAAGAUCCCCAUGACCACAUCUCCCCUGUUGGACCCACUUCCUAGCCUGAAGAUAAAGGUGUACAACUCCUCUACCAUGUCCUCUUUAGAGCUGCCGACAGGCCUGGGCUCUACUGACGGGGAGAUCAUGAGCCUGAAGACCGUGGGCUCUGGACCUAAAGACCACCACGGGCAUACCCUACCCAGGGAGCCGAGUCACAGUGCCAGCGCCACACUAGGCUACCUUGGUGGCCGUCUCACCAUCCCUAAUACAGGGGUGAGCCUUUUGGUUCCACCAGGGACAAUUCCUCAGGGCAAGUUCUACGAGAUGUAUCUCAUUAUCAACAAAUGGGAGAAAACGACGUUGCCAUCAGAUGGAAGUCAGACUGUAUUAAGUCCGGUGGUGAGCUGCGGACCCUCUGGCAUGCUGCUGAGCAGACCUGUGGUCCUAACUCUGCCUCACUGCGCCCAGCUAGAACCCCCAGACUGGACCCUCACCCUCAAAAUGCAGAACCAUCAAGGUGCCUGGGAGGAGGUGCUAACUGUAGGAGAGGAGAGUUUGUCAACACCAUGCUAUCUACAGGUGGAGGAGCAAAGCUGUCAUAUUCUGACGGAGCAGCUGGGGACAUAUGGUCUGGUGGGACAGUCGGCUCCCCCUCGGCCAGCCUGUAAGAGGCUGCAGUUGGCUCUUUUUGCUCCCCGGGCCCCGUGCCUCUCCUUAGACUACAGCCUGAGGGUCUAUUGCAUACAGGACACCCCACAUGCCCUUAAGGAGGUAUCAGAGGUUGAGCGAAGUCUGGGUGGGGUUUUACUAGAGGAUCCCAAACCCCUGCUCUUUAAGGACAGUUACCACAACCUGCGGCUAUCAAUCCAUGACAUUCCUCAUUCUCACUGGAGGAGUAAACUCCUGGCUAAGUAUCAGGAAAUCCCGUUCUACCACCUUUGGAGUGGGAGUCAGCGGCCGUUGCAUUGCACUUUCAGUCUGGAGAGAGGAAGUCUGCUGGUUUCCCAGCUCACCUGCAAGAUUUGUGUCAGACAGGUGGAGGGGGAGGGACAGAUAUUCCAGCUUAAUACUGACAUCCAAGAGACCUUGCCCCCUCACUCACCUCUGCCGGCAGGCGGUUCAUGUCCACCUUCGUCUCAAGUGGGCCCGUAUGCUUUCCGACUUCCCGUCUCCAUACGGCAUAAAAUCUGUGCCAGUCUGGAUGCCCCCAGCGCAAGAGGCUGUGACUGGAGAAUGCUGGCUUGCAAGCUGGACUUUGACAGGUAUCUGAACUAUUUUGCAACCAAACCCAGCCCCACAGGUGUGCUGCUAGACCUGUGGGAAGCUUGUCACCAGGGCGACGCAGACCUGGUCUCCCUGGCGACAGCUCUUGAAGACAUGGGCAAGAGUGAGGUCCUGGUUGUCAUGACGACGGAUGGAGAUUGCUGAUCAGCAAAUCAAAAAAGUGUGAAAGGGGGAUUUACUUGCCACUAAAUACCUAGCAUUAAUGCAAGCGGAUGGAAACUGUACUCUAGUACAUUGUUACAACUUGCCUUUUACCUCAGUUCCUUUGUGCUCAUGCAGAAUAUUCCAAGGAUCGCGACGCCUGUGAGCUGGGGUCAGGCGCUCUGGAUGAACUCUGAAUAAUACAUAUCAAAAGGUAGCAAAUGUGACGAUGCUGCAAUCAAGGAAGUCAGUGAAUUUGCUGGGACGGUUCCGUCAGCUCAUGAUUAAAUGAGAGUUGCAUCAUACUGAUACACACUGAUUCCCUGCAACACAUACAAAGUGUGAAAAUACAUGAUCAAACGCCAUUGAACAUCAAGCGCUGGCUUUGUUUCCUAGCGACUGCUAGAUGCUUAAAGACACUGAGAUUCUGUGUCUGGUUAAACAGCAGUGUGCCAAGCUCCUCAGGAAACAUGCUCACACACAAAUAAACAAGAGUAUAGAUGGAAACCUGGAUUAAAAGGCCAACCAGCAAGGAGCUAAGAUCAUCUGCACUAAUAUUAGCUUUCAUAAUGUUUUCACUUUGACUUUAGCUUGAAGCGUUAUUUUCUGUGUGUCUUUUGAAAUAGCAUACAGGAAUGAAUUUGUGUGUUCUCGUUAACAGAGGACCAAACUUUUUGCUGGAAUUGAAACUUUUUUUUUUCUCUUUCUCUGAUCAUACCUUCAUUAGCUUUCUUUAUCUGUCUUUUUUAUAUUCAAUCAAUCAUUUGUAACGCAGGAAAGCUUUCUGGUAAACUCGUAUUAGUUUCCUAUAGGGAACUGACUUUUUUAAGUUAUUAUCCCUAUUUGUGGAUCAUUGUUUUUCACUUUUCUGUUGGAAAAUGCCGUCAUGCAUUGUUUUUAAACUGCUGCAUCGUUGCAUUCACCUCUGAGUGGACUUAGGCAGGAUUGCAGUAUAAAUGUGCAUUUAAAGGUUUUGUGAUGAACUUCACAAUUAGAAGCUGAUUUUUUUUUUUUUUUGGUCAUUGAAAUGUAUGAAAUUGAAAUGUUACGCUGAGGUUAAAUGUGCUUUGAUCCUUCUCGGGAAAGCAUGCUGCAAAUAUGCUGCUCUUGUUAAAUUGGAUGAGAAUUGCGUGGAUGGCACAAAGCUCUUUUUGGGGGUUUGAUGCCAGUCGAGUCGGUCGUGCUGUUAUAUUAUAAAAUUAUAAAUAGUAGCCUUGAGAGGUGGCCUAAGUGCUCUGUUGAUUGCAGUAUGACCCACUUGCUCUUUAUUGUCUGUUUUGACUUUUAGGUUUUAAUGGGUUUCCCUCUACUAAGCCUGAAUGCCAUGUACCGCUUAUUAUCAGAAGUCAUAUAAUCAGUUGAAGUGGAUGUUGGUCCUUUUUCUUUUCUUGACUUUUUCUUCACAAGUGUUCAAAUGUAUGGCAACAAACAAAACAAAAAGAAAGUGCAGUAUCUGUCCAUGCCUGUAAAGGUGUGAAUUAAAUAACAGAGGUGUGUAUGUGUCUCUGUGUGUGUGUGUGUGUGUGUGUGUGUGUGUGUGUGUGUGUGUGAGAGAGAGAGAGAGAGAGAGAGAGAGAGAGAUGGCAUCAGAGAGCUUGUUUACUCCAACCUGUGAGUCAGUGUACAGGAUAUGAAUGAACAGGCUUCAUUACGUUUUAUUCCUCCUUUCCAUUAUAAGUACUAUGCAAGUGCACAACAAAAAGUGAAUCUGUGUCUAUGUCUUCUAUAUGAAAUAUGUGGAAUAGGAAUCUUGUUACUUUCCCUCUUCUGAUCACUGCUGUAACUUAAAACUGGACCUCUUCGGCCUCUCAGCUGUAAUUAAUGCAAACAAAACAUCUGUAAUUGUGGGUAAUGGUUCCAUGACCUCUGUGUCAUUCCACCUCAUUUGUUUAGGAAGCUUUUGGGCAGUCACUUGCACCCUCAAAAUGGACAACAACAAGAAGUUAGUUUGGAGGAUUAUUUUUAACUCUCUAUAUGAUGAAGACUGCAAGAAGAUUUAAAAUCACUGAUUUAUUCUGAGCUCUGAACCUUUUAAAUGGCUCUGAAAUGUCUCCAGUCAUCUUUUGGUCAAUGUUACAUGAAAAUGCCUUUGUGAACAUGUCACAUGUAAAGCUGAAUGGGCUUGGCUUCUCUCUGGAUGGUAGUUGCUAUUUAUGGACACUCAAGUGUGGCCGAAAAAAUUUUUUUUUUUCUUUUUUUACUCUUUUUUUCAGAUGUUAUUUUAUAUCAAAGAGGGUACAUACGAAGUCUUGAGUUUUGUUUUUAUGUAAUGCUGUAAAGUAAUACUGUACAUAAAUGUUUAGACUUCUUACUGUAACUAAAUAUAAUUUUUAUGCAAUAAAUUAUAUUUCAUAGUUUAACAAGAGAA